AUGGCUGUUGCGGCGGCGGCGGCGGCAGCAGCAGCAGCAGCAGCAGAAGCGAGCAGCUUCCAGCAGAACUGCGGAACCGCCGCCGUGUCGGACGUGCGUGUAACGGAGUCACGUCAAGGGCGGGCGGCGGUGGAAGUGGAAGCGGCGGCUGUCGUUAACACCGCUGAAGCAGCCCUUGAUAAUGACUGCGAUAUGACUGACGACUCAGAGCGCAUUCCUAGUUCACACGGUCAAGCUGUUCCUUUUCUCCAGGAGCAGCAGGCGGCGACGGUUUUGGCGACCAGUGGCCUUCGUUGUGUCAGUAACUCGGAACUGGAGGCAGCCACACAAACCUGGUCGGCCCUCGGCGCCGAGGAUGAUGGCGCGGCAAUCCCGGUGACAUGCUGGGCCGCUGGGGCGCCCGUCCACAUUAUCAGAGGUAGCGGCAGGGCUGGCGGCGGCGGCGGCGGGGAUGCUGCUUGCGGUUCCUCAGCGUACGGCAGCAGUGGUACCAGCAGCAGCAACAACAGUCUGCGGCGGCCGCUGUCCACCACGUCCCCAUCCACAACCAUCCUGCCGCCCCACUUGCUCCAGAACCAUCCGAGUAAUAAGGCCGUCAAGAGUAAAGAUCUCGUCCUCCACCUUUCCCAAGACAAUCCCAGUCCAGAGAUAGAUGAAGACAGCAGUAGCAGCAGAAGCAGCACUAGGGACCUGGUGCUUGACCUUGGUGACAAAACUAAUCCAGAAAUGGUGGAGGUCGAGGAUUUCGUCCAUAAGGACGCUGAUGAUACUGAACUGGCUGCGGCCGUGGGUGGCUGCCGGCUCCGCCGCACGGCUACGCAACUACUGCGGCCGCCAUCGGUGGCUCUUGGUGGCGGCAGCCCAGAUAGCCUCCAAGACCUGGACCUUGCGGACGGCGUGGAUGUGCCCGGGGCGGACUCAUCGGGUUCACCCCUGGUGCUGGCGCUGUUGCCCGUGCCGCGGGCUCUGAUGUCGACGCCGAGUCGGGGCUCCAAGGACUUUGCCGACUAUCACCACCAUCACGAGCAGCAACAGCAGUCGCAGCAGCAGCCUUCCGUGCGAAUGUCACGCUUGGGGCCAAAGCAGCAGUAG